GGGCGGGUUGAGCGGUCGGUCGGUGAAGGUCGGAGGCGGCCGCGGGCCUUGGCCUCGGCCUCAGGGCAGCACAGGGACACGAUGGUCGGCUAUGACCCGCGGGCGGCCCAGGCCGAGCGCUGCCUGUCUCUGGCGGAGGUGGUGGCCGCGGGCUCCCUGUCGGGGCUCCUGACGCGGGCGAUCAUCAACCCGCUGGAUGUCAUCAAGAUCCGCUUCCAGCUUCAAAUUGAACAGUUGUCGCCUCAGAACCCAAAGGCUAAAUAUCAAGGUCUAUUGCAUGCCACACAGACAAUUCUGAAAGAGGAGUCAAUCCGGGCAUUCUGGAAAGGUCACGUUCCCGCCCAGCUUCUUUCCAUCGCUUACGGAGCAGCACAGUUUGUCAGUUUCGAGAGUUUAACUCGAUUUAUCCACCAAGCUACUCCCUAUGACACGAGGAAUCCCAGCAUGCACUUUUUGUGCGGCGGUUUGGCAGCUUGCACGGCAACCUUUGCUGUUCAGCCGCUGGAUACCCUACGCACACGGUUCAUCGCACAGGGAGAGCCCAAGGUGUACAGAAGUCUCAGGAGUGCAGUGGUCACCAUGUACAGGAAAGAGGGCCCCCUGGGAUUCUAUCGAGGUCUCACUCCCACCACUGUCGCGGUGUUCCCCUACGCCGGGCUCCAGUUUGGUUUUUACAACAUCUUUCACCGUAUUGCUCAGUGGGCCAUGUCGCAGGAAGGCACAAAUUCGAGUUAUGUGCAGAAUUUGGUGUGCGGGAGCUGUGCCGGUAUCAUCAGUAAAACACUAACGUAUCCCUUCGAUCUCCUCAAGAAGAGGCUGCAGGUGGGCGGCUUUGAGCAGGCACGAGCUGCUUUUGGACAGGUGCGGACAUACAAGGGCUUUUGGGACUGUGCAUUUCGAGUGUUGAAAGAGGAGGGCUCAAGAGGCUUCUUUAAGGGCCUGACCCCCAGCAUGCUAAAAGCCUCCGUCUCCACUGGCUUAAUCUUCUUCUGGUACGAGCUGAUCUGUGACAUCAUGAGGACUUUCAAACAGCCGUCUGGUGCUUGUUAGGUGGAAUGCCAGGAGGCACGAGGAGUUCGAAUUUGACUUCAGUUUGCUUGGUCAGCUGACUGUCAGUGUUUUUUGGUAGGAAUCCUGUCUGUCAGUGCACAAGUUUUCUUGGAUUAUUGGUCAAUUCUUUGAGUGCCUGAAUCCAUGGCUCGCAGAGACUGCAUCAUUCUUUUGCAUUGCUGCUGCACUGAGACUCUUGUGCAGUCGCACAGAAAUACUAUUGGAAAACUAGUGGCUGCUUAGAAGACGUUUUUUAUGCAGCUUGCAUCUCGGCCUAACUUGGGAUUUAUAAAAUAUACCUCUUGUUGUUUACGCAGUUUAGAAACUAAGCCACUCGUGUUCAAAGUGUAGCUCAAAGCUAGAAGACAUAUUAUUUAAUUUUUGUACAGCAGAGAUGUUUAUAUUUAAGUGUGCAGAUUUUUUUGUCUAUGUAAAUGUAUGUAACAACAUUUAUUGGGUUGGGACUGAAACAGUCUUGAAGGUGAUUGCCAACUGCAGGCAUGAUCAGUGUUUGUAUAAUGUGUGUUUAUAUUUCCUCCUGGUUAGUAAUUUAUAUUCAAUACUAAAUUGAAAGGUGGGGUGUGAAGCAAGGAAGCCUAAAUUAAGAGGGAUUUUAUGUUGAGCAAAACCUGGUCCUUGGAGGAGCCAGAAUUCGGAGAAUUCAUCAUAGGUUUUAAAAGGGAAUUGGACAAAUAUUUAAGAUAUAAAAGGAUUUGUGGGAAGGACAGGAGUGGGACUAAAUAUUGAGAUGUCAUACAGCUGGCACAGCAAGUUAGACUGAAUAGCCUCCUCUGUGCUGUAAAAUUCUAGGAUGUACAGUGUUUGAAGGUCAUACAUUUCACAUGCCUAACGCUGAGUGUCAGAGGGUAUUUUAGUCUAUAAAUUAACCUUGGAAGCGUUGUUGCCCCUCGUGUUGUGGUUUUUUUCUGAUGAACAAAGACACUUUACGUUUGAUGGAACGGAAAGCGACAUGGUUUCGAGCUGCUGCUCCUUAUUGUGAAAAGGAUGACUCCUUUCUCCUGUUAGACUGUAGGUUCGGAACAAUCGAUUGCUCCAGAUGCAUAACUGCUUUUUGCAUUCAGAUGGAAGGAUGUUCAUUAAGCAGUUGGUAGCGUUCUUGCCUCUUGAGUCACAGGAUGUAGAUUCAAGUCCCAAGCUUGUCUUUGAGCUGUUAGCUUUUGAGCCGACACGCCAGUUCAGCACUGGGGGAAAUGCUGAAUUGUUGGAGGUGGCGUCCUUAGGAUGAGACGUUAAAUCAAGUGGAUUUCAAAGAUCCCCUUGCACAAUUCGAAAGAGAAAGGGGAUUUUCCCCCAAUAUUCCUGCCAACAAUUCCCCUGAUUUUUUUUUUAAAAACAAGUCAUUUCCUUCAUGUCUGUUUGCAGGACAAUGUGAAAAUUGGCAGCUGUUUUCACUUACACAUAGUCACUGAACUUUACAGAAAAUAUUAAAGCUCUUUGAGAUGUUUCAAAAUGUAAGGUACUGUAUCAAAUGCUAUCCAGCUUGAAAAGGGUCCUAACAUCAGAGUCUAUUCAUCAUUUAAAAGUCUUUUUUUUCUCCAUUAUCCUUUCCCAUGAAAUUCUGAAACAUUUUUUAUUGAAAUAUCACAGGAAUGCCUUAUAUUUUUGUGAUGUUUCCUCAAUGUUUGUGUAGGAACUUUCUGCCUAUGUACAGUAUAUCCUGAAAAGCUUCCUGUUUUUUUUAAAAACAACAUUUUGAAUACAAUAACACAAACAUUUAUAUUCUUCCCGCUGAUCUUGAAAUUGACUGACUGAAUGUUUAUAAAUGUUAUUUUAUUUAAAACAAAA